AGUAUUUAAUCGUCUGUGUUUCUGGUCCGUUGUUAUUUUCCGCUCCACCCUGAAAACGUGGUCCCAACUGUUUAGUUCCGCCUUGCAGUUGAUUCUCAAGAUUGUAGUUGCCGGCUUUGAUUUGGAGGUGAAGAACGAUGCUUUAGUCCUUGCAUGGUAAGGGAAGUCUUCAGGGCUAAGGAACAGACAUCAUUUACUGGGCAGAAUUGCAUUCUCCUUUGCCACCAAUGGGAGAUAUGGCAUCUGAGGAAACCAGACCCCUUUUGAGUACUGAGGUGGAGACAGAACUGUCUGCUCAAAGACCCUCUCCGCUGGAGAUCUAUCUGAGCAAGGUCCAAAAUCAGAACCUCUUCCUGGCUACGUUUGCUGCUGUGCUGGGACCACUAAGCUUUGGAUUUGUCCUUGGUUACAGUUCGCCGGCUAUUCCGAGCCUAAAGAAAGUUAGCAACCCGGAAUUAAGGUUGGAGGACAUUCAAGCAUCUUGGUUUGGGUCCGUCGUAACUUUGGGUGCUGCAGCAGGCGGGAUUCUGGGGGGAUAUAUCGUGGACAAAUUUGGCCGGAAGCUUACCCUGAUGCUGUGUGCCAUCCCAUACGUUUUUGGCUUCACAAUCAUAAUCUCAGCUCAAAAUGUCUGGAUGCUUUAUGUGGGCCGGCUGCUGAAUGGCUUGGCCAGUGGGGUAACAUCCUUGGUGGUCCCGAUAUAUAUUUCUGAAAUAGCCCACUCCAAAGUUCGAGGGAUGCUAGGAUCGUGCGUUCAGCUGAUGGUGGUGACUGGCAUCUUGGGAGCUUAUAUAGCAGGGAUAGGGCUGGACUGGCGCUGGCUGGCCGUACUGUGUUCCGUGCCACCGUGCUUUAUGCUGGGACUUGUGGCUUUCAUGCCCGAAACGCCUCGCUUCCUGUUGAGCCGGAAUCAGCGGCCAGAAGCCAUUGCUGCUCUGCAGUUCCUGCGGGGCCCCCUGGUGGACCAUGAGUGGGAAUGCAGGGAGAUUGAAGUGAACGCCGAAGGACAGGAGGAGCUGAGUCUGGCCGAGUUUAAGAAUCCAGCCAUUUACAAGCCAUUCCUCAUUGGUAUCGCCAUGAUGUUCUUCCAGCAAGUGUCGGGGAUCAACGCCAUCAUGUUUUAUGCGGAAACCAUCUUUGAAGAAGCCAAAUUCAAGGAGAGUGGUGCUGCUUCCAUCAUUGUGGGAUCCAUCCAAGUCUUUUUCACUGCUGUGGCUGCUCUUAUUAUUGAUAGAAAAGGUCGAAAAGUCCUUCUGGUCGUAUCAGGGUUCAUUAUGGCUGCCAGUGCUGCCAUCUUCGCCAUCUAUUGCAAAAUGGCUCUCCCAGUCCCCAUCAACUCCUCCCUUGCCGACCCACCAAGCUCCCCUCUGAGUGCUGGUGUUGUGGAAGAAGAGCACCACCUUGCAUGGUUGGCGGUAUUGAGUCUGGGCCUCUUCGUCAUGGGCUUUGCCUUGGGCUGGGGCCCGAUCCCAUGGCUGUUGAUGUCUGAAAUAUUCCCUCUCCGAGCUCGAGGCGUAGCCAGUGGUGCCUGUGUCUUAACAAAUUGGCUCAUGGCUUUUCUGAUCACCAAGGAGUUUCAUGACCUCAUGGUCUUCCUGACGCCUCAUGGUACUUUCUGGUUGUUUAGUGCCAUGUGUUUCUCCAAUGUGCUCUUUACCAUACUCUGCGUUCCUGAAACAAGAGGGAAAAGCCUAGAAGAGAUAGAGGCCUACUUCCAAAGAUCACACUAGCUGUUUGCAAUGUUAGUGGGAAAACCUUUUCCCCUGGGUCUUGGACUUAAGGUGUGGGUGGUGACGGCUGGUGGGACCCAACUCUUCUUCAGAGAUUUGCACAAAUGUAAAGUCUUCACCGGGUUCAGCUGGGUCCAGAGAACUGUAUGGGGUGUAGAAGGUGUGGGCAAGAUGAAAGGCAGGUUCAUUUUGUGUGGGGCAAUGACCUACCACUUUUCAGUAUUACAGCACCACAUAGAAUGGCAGGCAUUGUUCAUUUUUCUGACAUCUAGAACAAGGUGAUUAAGAAUUGGUUUAGAACAAAACAUUGCUUUUCUCUGUUCGUUGGCCAUGUUCUGUGUGGCCAACCUUUUCUUCUUCUGCUGAGGACUGUAUUCCUCGGGGGGGGGGGGGAGUGUAACCUGAUGGGAGGGUCAUCCUGAUAGUAGGUGGGGCUGGAGCCAAAAGUGGGUGCCCUCUCCCCUGGGCUCAACCCCUUCCUCUCUCUGCUGUCACUUCCUUUCUCUCUGGGUCUAGAAAUCUCUUACCUUGAACUACCUCCCAAUUCUGUGUAAUCUGGGCCUACUCUACAGGUGUAGAGGAGUGAGGCAAAGAGUCCUGAAAAGGCACAAUGAGCAAUGCACACAGCACGCACAAAAAACCUAGCAAAAGAGGGAAACAGGGUCUGGCUUAGCUAAUGUCACCAGACUAUUUUGCACCCCCAAAGUUUCUCUCACAAACAGCAGCAUUUGAAAAUGAGAUGCACCCAUGCUCUCUGAAGUGGUACACUACCAGUUCUUUCCAUGAUAUGUGUAGAUUUUAAUGCAGAGGGGUUUAAAGCAGCCAAAGGUUUGUUCUGAUUUGCACAUGAAUCGUCAAACUUGGGCAAUCACGUGGGAUGAUUUUUU